AUACAAAAACCCUCCAUAAACAUCUUCCUUCAUCGUGCGACCAUUGAGUUUUCGAUCUGUGUGUGCUCAAUCCCCCCUCUUCGACACCUGCAAAACUUGAUCGAAACCCUACCCAUCCAAAGUCACCGGUCUCGGAAAACCUUGAAUUUCUACAAUGAGGACGAAGAAUGCUUCUGUGUCUUCCUCCAAGAAUGGAAACGAUGAGUAUCAUGCGGAAGGGAGGAUGAAAGAGCACAGCGGUAGCCCAAAGCCCACACAAGGAACACUCGAGGUUCCGGCGAUAAAGACGAAGGUAAAUUCAAAGGACUUUCCACAUAUGAAGCUGACUGUGAAGUCUUCACUGCAAGACUUCCAAAAAUUGAUGAAAGAAAAGUUGUGCGAUCAUAUGGAAAUCCUUGAAGUGUUUAGGAGAGAUUCUCCUUUUGGUGCUUUCCUUGAUGUCCAACUUGUUCCCCCUCCAGCCAUGUUAUGGCAGUUGAUGGUUAGGGAGGCUAAUGUGGGAGGAGCAAAAGCUCCCGGAUACGAAGAGCAGUAUGAUAAGGAUUCACUGCGUGUUUUUGUUAAAGAAAACUGGUCAAAGGGUGUGGUAUGUUACACUUCAGUUGUCGAGAGGUUCUCAAAAUUGUGCCAGCUAUUUGACGAUGAAGGGAAGAAAGAGUAUGCAGUCCAGUGGAUAGUGAAGGUGGCGACAUUGAUGUUUGUUGUUCUCGUUUUAAUUGGUCAUGCUAAGAAAGAUGCCUCAGUUCCGAAAUGGAUCCUUCCCACUGUUGCAAACUCUGAUGAUUCCAUGUCUUUCCCAUGGGGGACAUGGGCAUUCCUGGAGUCCCUCUGUAUCCAAUCUUUGGGGAAGGACUUAGUUUCAGAAAAAAAGAAGCUUGUCAAAGGCGGGAAAACAUCAAACACCCUCCGAUACACUGGCUUUGUCCUCCCCUCAUCCGUGAGUAAAUUAAUUUAAAUUGAUACUAAAAGUUCCUAUAAGGAGAUGGCUAAAUUGGGCUUCAUUUAUUGCUGAAUGCAGGAUAAAAUCCAGGAUAAAAUAAAUCAUUAUAAUUUCGACCUAAUAAACCAACUUCAUCAUGUCGACCCUAUGUUUCGACUUUAGAAAUCAUUGAUAAUGUCGACUUUUAAAUAUACAGUAAAAAACAGAUAUAUGU